GCUUGCAGCUACCUCCGAUGGUCCCGGAGGCGGGGAUGGGCUGCGCCAAGGCUCCUAGGAGCUCUCAAGGAGGAGCGAAGGCAUAGUGAUAGCCACACUAGUAACUAGAACAAUAACAAACGUGAAGGGGAUUCCGGGUGGUGUCGCUGCCUGAGGGGAGACCCUGGCCCAUCAGCCCCGCGGCACCCAGGCUGCCCCGUCCAGCCUGGGCUCCUCCUCCAGGCGCUGUCCGGCGUCCCGGGGCUUGUCCAUGUCAUAGGGAAGGUUUCUUUCCCGACCCUCUCCGUGGCCUGACUUUCGUCUGCAGGUGGAAAUUAUAAGUAUUUGACCUUACUCAAAAUGUACAAAGAAGAAUAAUGGAAGCCCCUGAAUACCUUGAUUUGGAUGAAAUUGACUUUAGUGAUGACAUUUCUUAUUCAGUCACAUCUCUCAAGACCAUCCCAGAACUGUGCAGAAGAUGUGACCCACAAAACGAAGACAGAUCAGUUUCUAGCUCUAGCUGGAAUUGCGGUGUCUCAGCUCUCAUUACAAACACACAAAAGCCCACUGGAAUCGCUGAUGUAUACAGUAAGUUCCGCCCAGUGAAGCGGGUUUCUCCCCUGAAACAUCAACCAGAGACUCUGGAAAACAACGAAAACGAUGACCAAAAGAACACUACAGUAGAGUACCAGAAAGGUGUGGAGACUGAGCAAGGCCCCCAGCCAGAGGAACUCAGCCCUGAAGAUGGAGUCAGGGGGUUGCCAGGCAAGGGCUCCGAGCCCAGCCAGGCACUGGGCGAGCUGGAGCAUUAUGACCUUGACAUGGAUGAAAUUCUGGAUGUGCCUUACAUUAAAUCCAGUCAACAGCUGGCCCCGCUCACCAAGGUGACUUCCGAUAAAAGGAUUUUAGGUUUAGGCACAAACAUCAAUGGCCUUUCUGGUAAACCCUGUCCUAUUGGAAGCACUGAGAACUCCACAGCCAACAUGACUCCGUUUUGUGUUCUUUCUCCUGUGAAAAGCCCUCACUUAAGGAAAGCAUCGACUGCCCUCCGGGACCAGCACAAGCUCUCCACAGAAGACUCUGAGAACUCCCCUGCUCUGGGUAAAUGUGUCCCCGCGUAUGAGUCAGAGCACCACAAUAAAGACUUCCUAAACAAGGCCUUUAGUGAUCACCAUGGUCGAAAAAUCGAGAAGACCGGGCCAGACUGCAAGCUUAGGGCUUUCCACCUGCAGUCCUCAGCAGCAGGGGCGAAAGCAGAAGAGCAGGUCAAUGGCAUGAACUGGACCAAUGCCCAAGGUGGGGAAGAAAGGAGUGAGUACCUGAAGAAAGUAAGAAGCAUAGUGAACAUUGUGAAAGAGGGCCAGAUAUCGCUCUUGCCACACCUUGCUGCCGACAAUCUGGACAAAAUUCAUGACGAGAACGGAAACAAUCUGUUACACGUCGCUGCGUCCAAAGGGCAUGCAGAGUGUCUACAGCACCUGACAUCUCUGAUGGGCGAAGACUGCCUCAAUGAAAGGAACACAGAGCAGCUGACUCCAGCCGGCCUGGCCAUCAAGAAUGGCCAGUUGGAGUGUGUACGCUGGAUGGUGAGUGAGACAGAGGCCAUUGCAGAAUUGAGUUGUUCCAAGGAUUUCCCAAGCCUUAUUCAUUACGCAGGUUGCUAUGGGCAGGAGAAGAUUCUCCUGUGGCUCCUUCAGUUUAUGCAAGAACAAGGCAUUUCACUGGAUGAAGUGGACCAGGAAGGCAACAGCGCUGUUCAUGUCGCUUCACAGCAUGGCUACCUUGGAUGCAUACAGACUCUGGUGGAGUAUGGAGCAAAUGUCACUAUGCAGAACCAUGCUGGGGAAAAGCCCUCCCAGAGUGCUGAACGGCAUGGGCACACCCUGUGCUCGAGGUACCUAGUGGUAGUGGAGACCUGCAUGUCACUGGCCUCGCAAGUGGUGAAGUUGACCAAGCAGCUAAAGGAGCAAACAGUGGAGCGUGUCACAUUGCAGAGCCAACUCCAACAACUUUUAGAAGCCCAAAAAUCAGAGGGCAAAUCACUCCCUUCCUCGCCUAGUUCACCCUCCUCACCAGCUUCUAGAAAGUCCCAGUGGAAAAUUCUAGAUGCAGAUGAUGAGGCUACAGGCAAGAGCAAACCAGGGGCCCAGGAGGGAAUACAAGUUCUUGGAAGCUUAUCAGCAUCCAGCAGGGCUAGAACCAAAGGAAAAGAUGAAGACUCUGAUAAAAUCCUACGACAGUUAUUGGGGAAAGAAAUAUCAGAGAAUGUCUGCACCCAGGAAAAGCUGUCGUUGGAAUUCCAAGAUGCUCAGGCAUCCUCUAGGAAUUUGAAAAAGAUACCUCUAGAGAAAAGGGAGCUGAAGCUAGCCAGGCUGAGGCAGCUGAUGCAGCGAUCAUUGAGCGAAUCUGAUACUGACUCAAACAACUCCGAAGACCCCAAAAAUACUCCUGUAAGAAAAGCAGACAGGCCCAGGCCACAGCCCAUUGUGGAGAGUGUGGAGAAUAUGGACAGCACAGAAAGCUUACACCUAAUGAUAAAGAAACACUCUCUGGCAUCAGGACGCAGGUUUCCUUUCAGUACGAAGGCCUCCAAAUCCCUGGAUGGACACAGCCCAUCUCCCACUUCAGAGAGCAGUGAACCAGACUUGGACUCCCAUUGUCCAGGCUUAGGGAUGACUUCUCCAACCCAGCCUUCUGGAGACCCCAGUCAGUCCAGUCCUGACAGCUCCACUGCCCAGAAAAUUGCCACCAGCCCCAAGAGUGCCCUCAAGUCUCCAUCAUCCAAGCGCCGAACAUCCCAAAACUCAAAACUCCGAGUUACCUUUGAGGAGCCUGUUGUGCAAGCAGAGCAAACUAGCCUUGAACUAAAUGGAGAAAAAGACAGAGAUAAGGGCAGGGCCCCCCAGAGGACUAGUGAAUCAGGGGAACACAUGAAAAGGCCUUUUGGAACCUUCCGAUCCAUCAUGGAGACUUUAAGUGGUAAUCAAAACAACAAUAAUAACUACCAGCCAGCCAACCAGCUGAAGACCUGCACACUGCCCUUAACAUCACUUGGAAGGAAGACAGCAGAUAACAAGGGAAACCCUGUGAGCCCUGCUAGCAAAGGAAAGAACAAGGCAGGGAUGUACAGCAGCUGUAUCCAUCUUCCCUCUAAUGUGCUGGUUGAAGAGCAUCUGCGUGACUAUGCACGGCUUAAUGACAUCAAUCGAAACAUGAAGAAAACCUACAGCAGAAAGCACAUUGCUGAGCCAGAAUCAAAAGAACUCUUCUUAUAGAUCUUUUUUAUUAGUCCUAUGCAUGCCCUACGGCCACCAUUGGAAGUUCCUGGAGAUGACUCACUGUGGCAAUAAAACAGCACCUCACCAGCAGAACAGAAUAUCUGGAUGCCUUAAGUUUAUAACCUGAGACUCUUUCUCAGAUACAUUUUGGACCCUAUCUGUACAAGGAACUUUUUUGUUUUUCCAGAUGCUAUUUAAAAACAUGAUUGGGCAAUGUAUGCAUUGAAGCAUUUGAAGUUCGGUUGAUGCUGCCUUCUCAAAGCACAUCCCCCAGGCUCUGACACCAUUGGUGUUUUUGUCCGUUGCAUGAGGAUUUGCUGGUGUUAAGUGAUAUUUCCUUCCUACACAACAAGGGCAGCUUUGGCUCAGCUCCGUGAGGCUAGGUCGCUGGUAUUAUUUUCUGUCAAGAGUGUUUUUCUGUCAUUUCUACUUUUUUAAUAAAGAAACUUAAACAUUGUUAAUAGCCACGUCUGAGCACGGGGCCUCUACUUCCUAUUAAAUCUGUGACAUUCUGAUUUUUAAAA